AUGGCCCAGGGCCGCGGAGCCACAUUCGGCAUGGUGCUGCUGGGGCUGGGGCUGGCCCUGGCCAUCAUCGUGCCUGCUGUGGUCCUCUCUCGCCACCACUCCCCCUGCGCCCCCCCGGCCUUUGCCCACGCUGCGGUCGCCGCUGACUCCAAGGUCUGCUCGGACAUUGGACGAGCCAUCCUUCAGCAGCAGGGCUCACCCGUGGAUGCCACCAUCGCGGCUCUGGUCUGCACGGGUGCUGUCAACCCUCAGAGCAUGGGCCUGGGCGGAGGGGUCAUCUUCACCAUCUACAAUGCGACCACAGGGAAGGUGGAGGUCAUCAAUGCCAGGGAGACGGUGCCUGCCAGCUAUGUCCAGGGGCUGCUGAAGCAGUGUGAGCGGGUCCGACCACUGAACACGGGGGCCCAGUGGAUAGGGGUGCCUGGGGAGCUCCGUGGCUAUGCCGAGGCCCACCGCCGCCACGGCCGCCUGCCCUGGGCACAGCUGUUCCAGCCCACUGUGGAGCUGCUCCAAGGGGACUACCGCAUGCCCCCCGUCCUCAGUCAGUUUCUGAAGCACGACCUCCUUCGCUCUUCCGUGCGAGACUCCUCCCUGAGGCAGCUCUUCUUCAAUGGGACAGAACCCCUGAGGGCCCAGGACCCAUUCCCCUGGCCUGCGUUGGCCGCCACCCUGAGGACUGUGGCCAAUGAAGGCGCAGAGGUCUUCUACACAGGGAGGCUGGGCCGGACGCUGCUGGAGGACAUUGCCAAGGAAGGCAGCCAGCUGACCAUGCAGGACCUGGCAUCAUUCCAGCCUCAGGUGGUGGACGCCCUGGAGAUGCCUCUGGGCAACUAUACCCUGUACUCACCGCCCCCGCCUGCAGGGGGUGCAAUUCUCAGUCUCAUCCUUAAUGUGCUCCAAGGGUUCAACUUCUCUGCAGAGUCGGUGGCCAGGCCUGAGGGGAGUGUGAACUUGUACCAUCACCUCGUGGAAACACUCAAGUUUGCCGGAGGGCUGAGGUGGCGGCUGUGGGACCCUGAAAGCCACCCGGAGGUGCAGAACUCCUCCCAGGACCUGCUGGGAGAGGCUCUGGCCCAGCGCAUCCGCCAGCAGAUCGACGCCCGGGGUGACCAUCAGCUCAGCCACUACAGCCUAGCCGGGGCCUGGAGCCACAGCAUGGGCACGGCCCACGUGUCCGUGCUGGGGGAGGAUGGCAGUGCCGUGGCUGCCACCAGCACCAUCAACACUCCCUUUGGAGCGAUGGUGUACUCGCCGCGCACAGGCAUCCUCCUGAACAACCAACUCCUAGACCUGUGCUGGAGGCGCCAGCCUGGCUCCCACGAGACCCCUCCACCUGAGGUGGGGGGCAGUCCUGCCGGGCCUGGCUCGGAAGCCAGGCUGCAGGUGACACCCAUCUGGCCUCCAGUUCCAGGAGAGCGGCCCCCAUCGUCCAUGGUCCCCUCCAUCUUGGUCAACACAGUCCAGGGGUCAAAGCUGGUGAUCGGUGGGGCUGGUGGGGAGCUCAUCAUCUCUGCCGUGGCCCAGGUCAUCAUGAACAAACUGUGGCUUGGCUUUGACCUGGGCGCAGCCAUCGCAGCCCCCAUCCUGCACGUGAACGACAAGGGUCAGGUGGAGUACGAGUCCGGUUUCAGCCAGGAGGUGCAGAAGGGGCUUGAGCACCGGGGCCAGAAGCAGACCAACAGGCUCUUUUUCCUGAACGUGGUCCAGGCUGUGUCCCAGGAUGGAGCCUGUGUGUACGCUGUAGCAGACCGGAGGAAGGGCGGGGAGGCCGCAGGCUACUGAGGAGGCUGCUCCCCAGG